AUGAGUAAGCGUCUUAAGCUUGAUUUCCAGCCAGGAAGUAUUAAGACCGUCACUAUCAAGAAUUUCACCACUUAUAGCCAUGGGGAGUUCAAACUUUCACCAUCUUUGAAUAUGAUCAUUGGUCCUAAUGGUACAGGGAAAAGUACUUUAGUAGCGGCCAUAUGUCUAGGGUUGGGAGGAAAGUUAGAAUUGAUUAAGAGGAAAACCAUGAAAUCUAUGAUUAAAACGGGUACUACUGAAAGUACCAUCGAGCUAGUAGUGGCUGAUAUUGGUGAUAGAGAAGUCAUCAUAGAAAGGACGUUCACCGAGAAGUCAAGUAAAUGGAAGUUAAAUGGUAGGUCUACAUCAGAAAAGGAAGUUAUAAGCAAAGUUAAGAGUUUGAAUAUUCAAUUAGAUAAUUUGUGUCAUUUCUUACCACAAGAGAGAGUAGCAGAGUUCGCUGGGUUAUCUCCAGAGAAACUUCUUGUAGAGACUGAAAGAACCUUGAAAUCAGGGAACUUAUACUUGAUGCAUGAAGAUUUGAUCAAACUAGAAGAUAAAAGGGAUUCCGUGAUUCAGCAAUUGGAAACUUAUAAUAGUAGAUUGGAGACUCUUCAACAAGAAAAAGAGAAGUUGAAUGAAGCUGUUCAAGCUUUAAAUCAAUUCAACGAGAAAAGGAACGAGGUGGAAUUACAUAAACAUAUUUUACCCUAUGCUGUAUGGGAAGAUGAAAAAAUACGAAGGAGGGAAUUGAAGAAACAGAAAGAAGAUGCUGAAGCCAAGUUGAAAGAUUUUGAGAAUAAUAAACGACCUUUAAACGAAGCUUUAGUGGUGUCAUUAGAUGAAAGGAAACGAUUACAAGUUGAAAAGAAUGAAAAACAACGUCUUUAUGAUGAAAUUGAAGGUAAAGUUGAACAAUUACAACGAGAAAAGAAGAAAAAUGAAGAGUAUAUCAGUGAUCUCAAAGGUAAAUUAUUGUCUACGAGAACAAGUAAAGAAAGGAGGAGACAAGAAAUAAUCAAUGAGAAAGCAGAAAUUAACAAACUUAACAACGAAUUGACCCAAUUAGCAGAUGAUGAUACCGAAGACCAAAUUAAUGAAUAUAAGGGCCAAAGAAGACAACUUCAGAAUGAAAAAUUGACAUUAUCUGAGGCAAUAGAAGAAUCAAAUAAUACAUUGAAUGAUAAGAAACGUCAAGAAGCCAGAUUAAGUCAAGAGUUGAAAGCAGAAAUGAGUAAAUUGAAUACGGAAGAUAAAUUGAAUCUUCUCAAUAUUCAAAGUAGUAAAUUAUUAUAUUCAUCUUUCCAAGCUCACAAAUUCAUGAGAGAGAAGAGUGGGACCAACGAAUACUUUGAAAGUCCGGUGGUUACUUGUGAUAUCAGAGAGAAAUCCUUGGCUGGUGUUUGUGAAAGAGUGAUCGGACAGAACAAUUUAGUGGCUUUGACUUUCACCAAUGAGGAUAAUUACCAAAAGAAUUAUAGACAUUUACAACAAUUUACUGUUCCUACCAGAGUGUUAAAACAACAACCUUCACCACCAAGUAUACCACAAGAGAGUUUACAUCAUUUUGGAUUUGAGAACUAUUUGAGUGAUUAUUUACAAGGACCUCAACCUGUGUUGAACAUGUUAAAAAUUAACAGUAAAAUACAUAACAUUCCUGUGACGUUAAAGGAAUUGUCUGAUCGUCAAUUAAAUAAAUUGAUGACACCUAAUAAUGAAGGAAAGAUUCCGUUCAUGAGAUUUAUUAGUGGUCAACAACUUUUCAACGUUACCAGAUCCAGAUAUGGAAACAGAAACUUCGUUUAUAGUACUGAUACCAUUAAAAAUAACAAUUUUUUUGGUAAAAAUAGUAUUUCAAGCGAAGUGAGAGAAUCAACUGAGACCAACAUCAAGAGUUUGAAAAGUGAUCUAGACGAUAUUCAUUCACAAAUCAAAGAAAUCAAUGAUAAACUCAUCAACGAUAAGUCUAAUGCCGUAAGAAUUCAACGAGAUAUCGAACUAUUCAAUGAAAAGGUCAAUCAACAUUCAUUACUCAAAUCUAGAAGAAACAGAAUUCAGCAAAACAUAGUGACCAAACAAGAAAGAAUCGAGAAAUUGACUCAGGACCUCAAUAAAAACCACAGUGAUAGAAUUAGGAAUAUCAGGAACAGAUUACUCGAAGUAUUCGGUAAUAAUAGCAAACAAGGGUCACAAAUUUCUGAUUAUGUAGCACAAUUAAGUGAUAUCAAACUUGAAAUUAAUCAGAUCAAUCUUGAUGUUUUGAACGAGAGGAAUAGGAAAGAUGCAAUUGAAGCAUUAGUCCAGCAAAUGGAUGAACUCAAAUCUGAAUUGGUUGCGAUCUAUGAAGAGUCCAAAAAACAAUAUCUUUCAAUGAAGAAUAGUAAUUGUAAACAGAUUAUUGCAGAGACUAAUGCCAAAUUACCACCACUGGAGGUUGAAAAAAUCCAAAAUAAAGCAGUAGAAUAUCGUGAAGCAGGAGAAUUAAAUGAAAGCAAUAUCAAAGAGACUAUCUCGAUUUUGGAAGAUGAAAUUAGUGUGAUGACGGCCGAUAAAUCAUCCAUUCAAAGAUUGAAACUGGUUGAUGAAAAGAUAGAGGAAAUUCAUGGAGUGUUGCCUCGCUUAAAUACCGAAAAACAAUCAUUUGAUACCAGAAUCACCGAAAUAAAAUCCCGUUGGGAACCUGAGCUUGACGGCUUGGUAGAAAAGAUUUCAAGAUCAUUCCAAAGGAAAUUCGUUAAUGUAGCAUCCAACGGUAAAGUUCAAUUGGCGAAGAAUGAAAAGUUCAAGAAAUGGAGAUUGGAGAUUUUGGUGAAGUUCAGAGAACAAUCAGAUUUCAAAAUCUUGGACCGUCAAUCACAAUCGGGAGGUGAAAGAGCAGUAUCAACUAUUUUCUUUGUCAUGGCAUUACAAGGGUUAACUAAAGCACCUAUUAGAAUUGUAGAUGAAAUCAAUCAAGGUAUGGAUCCAAAGAAUGAAAAAAUGGCCCAUAAAUACCUUGUCCGAACUGCUUGUAAAAACGUGAAUUCUCAGUAUUUCCUUGUCACCCCUAAGUUACUUACGGGUUUAUAUUACCAUCCACAGAUGAAAAUUCAUUGUAUCUAUACUGGACCUUUCAUCAAAUCUGGAGAUGUGGAUUUCAUGGACUUUACUAAUCAGUUCUAG